AAGGUGUAAUUACAAAAUGGCGACAUUCGUUCAUUAUUAAACUGUCAAAUAAAAUUUUUUUUUUAAAAAAAGAAAAGUCAAACAUUGCAAACAUUUUUAAAUAAUAUUUUUGAACAUUUAAAGUGAAAAUUAGUGAAUUUAUGAUGGAACGCGUUAUGAUAACCGGUCAAUCAUCGCAAACAGAAACAAUUUGUGAAAGAGAUAUUCCAGACGCCCCGCAGGAAGUUCCAACUGUUCAUCUACGACUUCGAAAACCUCGAUCGAGUAAAAAAGUUCAAUGGACUCAAGGAACAGUUGAUAAUGAGGGUCUUAAUAAAAAGAAAUCUAAAUGUUGUUGUAUUUAUGAAAAGCCAAAAGCUUUUGGAGAAAGUAGUUCGGAUGACAGUGACGAUGAAUGUGAACAUUGUCAUGGACAUAAAGACAAUCAUAAAAAUGAUUUACCAAUUAAUAAACCCGAAAAUCCAUCGGCAGAAAUUCCUCAUUCUGAACCGAUAGCAACUGGUUCGUCAUAAUUAAUAUUUGUAUUCCUACGUGACCUGUCCACACAUCUUCUCUUUAAUGUACAGACAUGAGAACGACGACAGAUGCAAACGACUGUGAUUUCGUUUAAUACAUCUAUAUUUAUUCCAAUUUUAGGGAGAAAAAAAAUCUUUUUAAAAAAGAAUUUACAAAAAAAAUUGGUAACUUAUUCUUGAUUUUUUUUAUUUUACUUCUAUCAAUCUUAUUUCAAUUAUAAUAAUAAAAAUAAUUUUGUCACGUCGUUCAGAACAAAACAUAAAAAAUGAUCUUUAAAGUAAAAUUUAUAAAAAAUUUUUAUUCAAUAAAUUUUUUUUUUU